ACUUUUGUACUACUAGAGUAGCUCUUAAAGGUUAGGAAAAUGUCAGAUUUUGACGUCUGCUCUUUUUUUGACAGGAAUUGGAAAAUUUGAUCAGAGGUCCAACAGGUUCACUUGAUUCUUGAUUUAGUUCAAAGUACAAUUUCAGUACAAUUCAGUAUUCACAAUAGUUGAAUCUUUUAAAUUAUGGCUCGUGUUUUAGUUGGUGUGAAAAGAGUAAUUGAUUAUGCUGUUAAGAUUCGUGUGAAACCCGACAAAACUGGAGUUGUAACAGAUGGCGUCAAACAUUCCAUGAACCCAUUUGAUGAAAUAGCUAUUGAAGAAGCUGUACGCAUGAAGGAACAGAAAGUAGCAAAUGAAGUCAUUGCUGUAUCUUGUGGUCCACAACAAGCACAAGAUGUUCUUCGAACUGCUCUAGCAAUGGGAGCAGAUAAGGCUAUCCAUGUUGAAGUACCAGCAAAAGAAUAUGAAACUUUACAGCCAAUUCAUGUAUCGAAGAUUCUUGCUAAAUUAGCUCAGAAUGAAAAAGCAGAUCUUGUUAUUCUUGGAAAACAAGCAAUCGAUGAUGAUUGCAAUCAAACUGCACAGAUGACUGCUGGAUUUCUCAAUUGGCCUCAAGCAACUUUUGCAUCAAAGGUGGAAAAACAAGAUGGUCAUAUUUUGGUAAAAAGAGAAAUUGAUGGUGGGUUAGAAAAUAUCAAAUGUAAACUUCCUGCAGUUAUAAGUGCUGACCUACGCCUCAAUGAGCCUAGAUACGCAACUCUACCAAAUAUAAUGAAAGCUAAGAAGAAACCUCUCACUAAAAUGACCCCUAAGGAUUUAGGAGUUGAUAUAACACCAAGGAUCAAGAUUGUUAAAGUUGAAGAUCCUCCUGUACGACAAGCCGGAGCUAUCAUACCUGAUGUAGACACCUUAGUAACAAAAUUGAAGGAAAAAGGACAUGUUGCAUAAUAUAUUAUAGUUUUAUAAAAUAUUGAAGAUAUUUUUAUAUAAUGAAAACUAAUUAUAUACAUUUCAUAGUCA